AUGAAAGGUUCUCAAAUUCGUGCGAAGGAAAACGCGUUUGGAAUUCGUGAUAAGUUGUGGCACCUGACAGGCGACAGUACGACUUUGGCGCUGCGCUCACCGAGAAAAAAAGCAAACGUUACUUUACUUGCAUAUGGACAACGUAUAAGGCGGAAAAGGAGACACGUUGAUCUAAAAUUAGUUUGGGGGUUUUCCCUCGGCACGAUCAAAUAUGACUGCACAAGGCUUGACAUUUGA